AUGGCACUUGUUCUGUGUUCUACUGUCAAAUUACUUAAACAAAAAUGUUGCCCACCUCUCAGUGGAAUGAAAAGUUAUCAGAAUUUUUCCAGUACGAAAAUUGAAGAAACAGAAAAAGCCACCUUCAAACGUCUUGCCAAUCAUUGGUGGGAUCCUAAUGGAGACUUGCAACCAUUGCAUGCUAUGAAUCGUUUGCGUGUACCAUUUAUUCAAAAUGGCCUACGUCCUUUGACUACAUCAUCUACAGCCGAUUCAGUGCAUUUACCAUUAAAAGGUACCAAGAUUCUAGAUGUUGGUUGUGGUGGAGGCAUUCUAACAGAAGCAUUAUCUAUGUUGGGUGCAGAUGUUUUAGGCAUAGAUUUAGUAGAAGAAGGUAUAAAAGCAGCACAAGAACAUGUUGAAGCGACAUCUUAUCGUUGGACUGAUCAUCCGGACCUACUUAAACCUACAUAUAAAUUUACUAGUGUAGAAUCAAUUACUCAAGAAUUCCCAUGUCAAUUUGAUGCCGUCGUUGCAUCGGAAGUAUUGGAACAUGUAACUGAUUGGGAGGAUAUGUUGAACAGUUUUAAACAAUGCUUAAAAUUAGAAGGAAUGUUAUUCUUGACUACAAUAAAUCGUACAACUGCUUCAUUAAUAAUAGGCAUUGGUGUAGCUGAAUAUAUGACUGGUAUUAUUCCACGUGGUACUCAUGAAUGGAAUAAAUUCAUUGAACCAAGUCGAUUACAGAUAGCCUGCAUUAAACGUGGUCUACAACCGCGUCAACUUAGUGGAAUGUUGUAUAAUCCGUUAAGUCGUAGAUGGCACUGGAGUAGUAAUUUAUCAUUGAAUUAUGCACUUAGUGCUAUAAAAAUGGAAAAUUGA